ACUAUACGGAUUUUUUAUUUAAUGUUUAAGAUUAACAUUCUUUAUUCGACGUGUUUAUAUACAGAACAUUUUAAUUAAGUGAACUGCGUUUUCACUACUUGCUCUGUGAUUGAAGCACCGAUACACAAAAAUACGGAUAAAGACGGAAAGUAAACAAGUUCUUCGAUUCGUUGUGUGUAUGUAUAUAAUUAAUAAUUAUUACUGAAUCCAAUUCAUGUUUCGAUCGUUCAUUAAAUGGCAUUGUGUAAACGCGACUUAAUGUACAAUAAUUUAGCGAUAACGAGAAGGUCAGUUCACUUGGUUGUAGAUUACAUGAACUAGCAUAGCCGUUUAAUUUUUAAACAUUAUUAUUUCAAGUCAGUAUUAACAAAUCCGUACACCAAACAAAUUCUAUUUACCUAUUCGUCUGAAAAAAAAUUACACCAAAAUCUCGCAAUAUUCCAAUUUUCAUUUACGAAAUGACUCUUCUACCUGACGGUUUUUCCAAACAACUGUAUUCAUGUUUCAUAGUAUCAUUACCCCUAUUGAUGGCCGGGACAACGUUGGGAUGGUCUUCACCGAUGAUGGAGUACUUAGUGAACGAUAAAUCGCCAGUUUAUUUAACCUCGUCGGAAGAGUCCUGGAUGGUGACUUUGAUAGAUGUCGGAAACGUUGUAUUAUCGAUACCAGCCGGCCUAAUGAUGGACGGAAUAGGGAGAAAGAUGUCCGUGUACCUGACGGUACCGAUAACGCUCGCCGGUUGGAUUUUAAUUUUAAUUGCUGAUCACGUAUGGUAUCUGUACGUUGCUCGGUUCUUGCACGGCUGCGCCAUGGCCAUAUCGUUGAUCGUGUCUCCGUCAUACGUGGGCGAGAUGGCGAGCAUUUCGGUCCGAGGGUCAUUGGCUCUGGUACUCGAGUUCACUUACGCCGCUGGCCUUUUACUGGCCUACGUCGUCGGGUGGUUGGCCGAUUACGAAACGCUGGCCACGGUCUGCGCGUUAAUACCGGUGAUUACCGGUGUGCUGAUGAUCACCAUACCGGACUCGCCGUACUACCUAAUGAUGGUAGGUAAAUCUGAAGAAGCGGCCAGGUCGUUGAGAAAACUCAGAAGUUACGAUAACGUGGAAUUCGAAGCAGAACUGGAAAUCAUCAGGCUGUCCGUUACGGAGAACAGUUGUAAGGGACAGUUGAGAGACCUUCUGCACAGGGACCGAUCACCGCUGAUCAUCGUUCUGACGUUAGCCGCACUGCAAAUGGUGUGCGGGGCCAGCGUGAUGGAAGCAUACGCAUCGUCCGUGCUGGCGGACACGAGGCUGUCACCGAACGCUGCGGCCGUAAUCUUCGGGCUGUUUAUAAUGGCCGCGUGCCUACCGUUCGCACUGACCGUGGACAAGUACGGACGGCGGCCGCUGUUCAUGGUGUCGUGCGUGGGCACCACAGUGUGCCACGUGAUCAUAGCGGUCGUGCUGUCGAUGGAACCGGACGAAGAGGGCCGGGUCGGCUGGCUGCUGUUGGCCAGCGUCUGCGGUGCUGAGUUCUUCAUAAACAUCGGGUUGAUGCCGUUGCUGACCGUGGUCCAGUGUGAGUACUUCCCGUCCGACACCCGGGGCUUGGCCAACUCUGCGGUCGUGUUCACUAUCACACUCACAUCCACCGUCGUACUCAAGUUGUACCAGCCGGUCACCGAACUGUACGGCAAGCGAGCCAAUUUCAUCGGCUACGCGUUGGCCACGAUGUUCGGCGGCAUGUUCUGCUACCUAUGGGUGCCCGAGACCAAGGGCAAGUCGUUCCUGCAGAUCCAGACGGACUUUGAGACGUACGAGUGGCGCGACCACAAGGGCCACCGGAACCAGACCUACGAACGGUUUUAAUUGCGGCGGCUAUCAUUCGCAAUCGAGGUGUCCUUCGCAGUUGCUGACACGUGUUAUUUUUCUCUACCACGUUCGCCCCUUGAGCUGUCGUACUCAUAAACACACACACACACUCAUACACACACAAAUACUUAAAUAACUAUCCACCCCUGGGGGCAAAACGUCAGCUUGCACAAGUCGUCAAAUUUUUCCCGCGUCAAAUAACUCCUGCACAGAUGUUUUGAAACACCGCUAUGAAAUGCAGUUCUGCUUUUGCACAUUUUAAAUUUGAAACUUAUCGAUUAAAUCGUAUUUUUUGAAUAGCUGAUCUGUUCGUCACUCGUAGAAACAAAAAUCAAAACAAUUUUUGAGGUGAUUGAGACAAGGAGAAGGGGCUUUUCGUUACUCGUGGUGUUCAACACUCAUAUCGGUAUGACAGGGACUAAAGAGGUGAUUGAUAGGUAUACCGAUACCUCGUGGCCGCUACAAAGAUAAGUACAAAAGCCGCGAAUAUCUAUGUAAUAAAUAACAAGAAUCGAGAAGUAUAAUUAACGUUUUGUUAUUAAUAUUCUAUAACCGUUCCCAAACCUUAAUCGAAAUUUAAAUCUUCGGGAAUUUUAAUCAAUCAUUUUUCAUCGUCCUCAUUCUUAUUAAACACAUUCUUUUAUAUACUUAUGUGUACAAAAAUACACGAAAAUAGCGUUCUUAUAAGUUUUUUUUUUUUGUAUUGACACAUUGAUCUCACUUAGAAAAAUAAAUUCACUGUACAGAUAUGCU